AAAAAAAAGUGGGUUCGCCCCGCCUCUCCCCGCGCCAAUGAGGCCGGGCCGGGUGCGGGAGGCGUAGCCGAGGGAAGAUGGCGGAGGAGGAGAAGCUGCCUGCGGGCUGGGAGAAGCGCAUGAGCCGCAGCUCCGGCCGUGUGUAUUACUUCAAUCACAUCACAAAUGCCAGCCAGUGGGAGCGGCCCAGCGGCAGCGGGAAGAACGGCCAAGGGGAGCCUAGCAAAGUGCGAUGUUCACAUCUCUUGGUGAAACACAACCAGUCCAGAAGACCCUCGUCAUGGAGGCAGGAAAAGAUCACGCGGACCAAAGAUGAGGCACUGGAGCUUAUAAAUGGCUACAUCCAGAAGAUAAAAUCGGGAGAAGAGGAUUUUGAAUCUCUCGCUUCCCAGUUUAGCGACUGCAGCUCGGCAAAAGCGGGAGGCGAUCUGGGUGCGUUUGGAAGAGGUCAGAUGCAGAAACCUUUUGAAGAUGCCUCAUUUGCGCUGAGAGCUGGUGAGAUGAGCGGACCAGUUUUCACAGAAUCAGGGAUCCACAUCAUCCUACGCACAGAGUGAAGUGCCUUGGUGACAUGUAGAAAGGAAAGGGCGAGGGGAAGAAAGGAAAAAAAACAAAACCUACUCCAACCCUGCACUCUCCCAAAUGAACUUCAUAUCCAGUUUAAAAAAAAAAAAAAGCUCAUUUCAUAUCUCAAUAUCUUCUGUGGCACCUGACACAAUGUUUUUCACCUGCAGAGAUGCAUGGUUAGCCAAGGGUGAGAACACAAUCAAAAUAAGACAGUAGCAUCUUUCAUAAGCAGAGAGAAUGUUAAAAACAACAUUUCUGGCAUGCCACAGCUGCUUGAGUUAUAUUGACAUGUCUCCUAAGCUGAGGAACUGUCAAUGCUAAAGGUCACACUUCAGUGCUUCCCACAUCCACCCUGUUAGAGACACAGAGUAUUUAAUGCAGCGCAGCACUGCUGAUGGCGAAGCUGACUUGUGAACUCUGGUGCUAUGACGGAAUGAACUCCCCAACCCUCUGCAUGUUCGUUUAAACACAUUUUAACCUGAAUGAACGGUAUUUGCUCUGCAGUCCAGUCUGUUGGUUUGUAGAACUGAUUUACUAAAGCCAUUCAUAAAUUGACCGUAAGAUACCAAACGAUGAGCCGGCUUAGCAUGGGGCACCCCUCCCUCGGUGUCCGUCCGUAGCUUCCCUUAAUGCAGCUGUCUCGGCGAGGAUCGUCCCUCUGUCCCGUCACGCAGUGGCACCGGGAGCUCUCUCCGCUCCUGCCAUUGCUUUGACUCUAAAACUUGAAGAUGCCUUUUGGUUCUGAUUACAAACGAGAGAGGCUAACGGCCAGUAGUUCCCACUGCAGGAAGAUCAGUAGCCAGCCUGAGCUGUGUAGCGGUACGUAGGAUGCUGUGUGCUUCCCAUUCCAGCCUGGAGUCACUCCAUUAUUUAGACACGACAGUGCCAUUCUGUAGGGCGGACUGUAUUGUGGAUUUUCAGUUUUAGCUAGAAGGCUGUUUUUUUUCUCAAGCUCCUCUCGAUCCACUUGUGGUUUAAACACUGUAAGUCAUUGUUUUCCAGUUACACUGCAUUGCUUAUGUUUAGCGAAAUAAAAACGAAAAAAAAAAAAUAAAUCCCAGCUUUGGUCCAAUGCAAACCAGCUGUAUAGUUCCAGUUCUCUUAAGCAGAAAAUAAAGCCCUCUCCAAUUAAA